AUGUCAAGUCUCUCAAGUCCAUGUCAAGUCUCCCAAGUCCAUGUCAAGUCUCCCAAAUCCAUAUCAAGUCUCCCAAGUCCAUGUCAAGUCUCCCAAGUCCACGCAAAGUCUCCAAAGAUAAUGCCAAGUCUUCUUAGCCCUUGUCAAGUCUCCAAAGUCCAUGUCAAGUCUCCCAAGUCCUUGCCAAGUCUCCCAAAUCCAUAUCAAGUCUCCCAAGUCCUUGCCAAGUCUCCCAAAUCCAUAUCAAGUCUCCCAAGCCCUUGUCAAGUCUCCAAAGUCCAUGUCAUGUCUCCCAAGUUAAUGGCAAGUCUUCUAAGUCCUUGUCAAGUAUCCCAAGUCCAUGUCAAGUCUCCCAAGUUAAUGUCAAGUCUCCCAAGUCCUUGUCAAGUCUCCAAAGUCCAUGUCAUGUCUCCCAAGUUAAUGUCAAGUCUUCUAAGUCCUUGUCAAGUCUCCCAAGUCCAUGUCAAGUCCAUGUCAAGUCUCCCAAGUUAA